CCCCCCCCCCCCCCCCCCCCCCCCCCCCCCCCGGGGCCCCCCUUUUCCCCCCCUUCCCCCCCCCCCCCCCCCCCCCCCCCCCCCCCCCCCCGGGCCGGGGGGCCCCCCCCCCCCAAUUCCCCCCCCCCCCCCCCCCCCGGGCCCCCGGCCCCCCGGGGUUGGGGGAACCCCCCCCCCCCUUUCCCCCCCCCACCCCCCCACCCCCCCCGGGGCCCCCCCGGGGGGGGGAACCAAUUUCCCCCCUUCCCCCCCCCCCACCCCCCCCCCCCCCCCCCCCCCCCUUUUUAAAAAAGGGGGGCCCCCCCCCCCCUUUUUCCCCCCCCCCCCCCCCCCCCGGGGCCCCCCCCCCCGCCCCCCCCUUCCCCCCCCCCCCCCCCCCCCCCCCCCCCCGGGGGGGCCCCCCCCCCCCCGGGGCCCCCCCCCCCCCCCCCCCCCCAAACCCCCCCCCCCCCCCCCGGGGGGGGGGGCCCCCCCCCCCCAAACCCCCCUUCCCCCCCCCCCCCCCCCCACAAACCCCCCCCCCCCCCCCCCCCCCCCCCCCCCCCCCCCCCCCCCCCCGGGGCCGGGGGUUCCGGGGGGGCCCCCCCCGGGGGGCCCCCCCCCCCCCCCCCCCCCCCCCCCCCCCCCCCCGGGGGGGAAAGGGGGGGGGGCCCCCCCCCCCCCCCCCCCCCACCCCCAACCUUUCCCCCCCCCCCGGGGGGGGGGAAACCCCCGGGGGGCCCCCCCCCCCCCCCCCCCCCUUUUUCCCCCCCCCCCCCCGGGCCGGGGCCCCCCCCCCACCCCCCUUUCCCCCCCCCCCCCCCCCCCCCCCCCCCCCCGGGGGGCCCCUUUAACCCCCCCCCCCCUUCCCCCCACCCCCCCCCUUUUUUCCCCCCCCCCCCCCGGGGGGGGGAAAAACCCCCCCCCCCUUCCCCCCCCCCCUUCCCCCCCCCCCCCCCCCCCCCCUUUUUUUGGGGGCCCCCCCCCCCCCCCCCCCCAACCCCCCCCUUUUUUCCCCCCCCCCCCCCCUUCCCCCCCCCUCCCCCCCCCCCCCAAGGGGGGGGGGUUUCCCCCCCUUCCCCCCCCCCCCCCCAACCCCCCAAAAACCCCCCCCCUUUUUUAACCCCACCCCCCCGGGGGCCCCCCCCCUUUUCCCCCCCCCCCCCAAAACCCCCCCCCCCCCCCCCCCCCGGGGGGGCCCCCCCCCCCCCCCCCCCCCCCCCCAAACCCCCCCCACCCCCCCCCCCCCUUCCCCCCCCCAAAACCCCCCCCCCCCCCCCCGGGGGGGCCAAAAAAAGGGGGGGGGGGGGGCCCCCCCCCCCCCCCCCCCCCCCCCCAACCUUUCACACCCCCCCCCCCCCCGGGGGGGGGGGGGGGGCCCCCCCCCCCCCCCCCCCAAACCCCCCCCCGGGGCCCCCCCCCCCCCCGGGGGGCCCCCCCAUCCUUCCAUCAGGACUCGGGGCUGUUCCACGACAGUAUUAUGAUGAAUUCCACUCCCUAUAUCAUCCUCCACAUAAAAGCGUCUGCGAGGGAAGAAAACACUUCCACUGUGAAAGGAAUGUUAUGCAUUGGUAUGGGUUAAAUGUGGGUUCAACUACUACUUAUUGGAAAACUCUUGUGCUUGAAACAGAUCGCAAGCCACUGAUGUCCUCAAAACUUACAAAGGCUCAAUAG